CACUUUGCUCGCUUGGGGGCCCUGCGACUUGAUGGUGGGGGGUACUUCCGAGAGUCCUCGUGAGCACGAUCUAGAGCCUCAUGGCUUUGCCGUAACCAUUUAGUUGGAUCUAUGCUCUGAAAACACUCAUUGGGGCAGUAACCAACAAUGAGCACUCUGGUGUUGUUGCAUUCCGCACAAAAGUAUUCAGCAUCAUUCCUGUUUGUAUCGUCAGUCUUUCUCCUGGAAGCCUUCCCAUCAAACUCACUUACUUUCUCAUGUUGCUGGCUUCGCAGUGGGGGCAGCCGGUAUAUAUGUAACCGCCAAUGCAUUGUGUGCAGACAUCAUCAUCUUCCACGAGCUCAAGAUGCGACGACGCUGACAUAUUUGAGGUCCAGUAUCAAGUGGGAAUUCAGGUCUUGUAGACUGUGGUUCUCUGAGGAGUGUCAGACACUUUGAGAUCGCAGUCAACAGGAUCUCACCACGACGAUACUCAUCUCCCUAUUUAUAGAACAUGGGGGAUGGAACUUAUGUGCAAGGCCCGGAUGCCCUCGAUGGCUCGCCAAAUAUCAUGGUUUCAAGCUGAGUAGGGCAAAUCUCACACCGCCUUUGAUUCGACUCAGAUUUCACGAUCAUACAAUGGCAUGCCACAAGGAGUGCAUGCUAGGUGGUCUGGUGGUCCCGGCCUCGAUGGCUGCCUUACUCUGACCGGCCACGAGGUGAUUGCAAGCACUCUGGGCAUGUAUAUCACCAUCCGGAGCGAUAUUAUCUCUGGAAAGCGCUG